AUGAGUCAUCAUCCUAAGGCACAUGAUAUUGCCAAAGUUGCAGCUGCUAGAUUGAAUGCAGCAGCUGCUACCAGAAAUUACAAUGUGACACCAAGAGUGGAUUACAGAACAGUGGUGAAGGUCGACGGUCCAUUGGUUAUUUUGGACAAUGUCAAAUUCCCUAGAUAUGCAGAAAUUGUUAAUGUUUGUUUGGGAGAUGGAUCUGUCAGAAAGGGAUAAGUUUUGGAAAUCGCUGGUAAGAAGGCAGUUGUCCAGAUCUUUGAAGGUACUUCAGGUAUUGAUAAUUUGUACACGCAUUGUGAAUUCACAGGUUCAACACUUUAAAUGCCAAUUUCUGAGGAAAUGCUUGGAAGAGCAUUCAAUGGAUCAGGAGUUCCCAUUGAUAAAGGACCCCCUGUUUUGGCUGAGGAGUUCUUGGAUAUUCAAGGAUAGCCUAUUAAUCCAUUUUCCAGAGUUUAUCCUCAAGAAAUGAUUCAAACUGGUAUUUCAGCUAUUGAUUGCAUGAACUCAAUUGCCAGAGGAUAGAAGAUUCCAUUGUUCUCUGCCAAUGGUUUACCUCAUAACGAAAUAGGAGCUUAAAUUGUGCGUUAAGCCUCAUUGGUCAAGGGUAAAGAUGUUCUCGACCAUUCAGAUGAAAAUUUUGCAGUUGUAUUUGGUGCUAUGGGUGUCAAUAUGGAAACUGCUAGAUUUUUCUAAACAGAUUUUGAAUAAAAUGGUUCUAUGGAAAGAGUGGUCUUGUUCAUGAACUUGGCUAAUGAUCCAACAAUCGAAAGAAUUAUUACUCCAAGAUUGGCAUUAACAACUGCAGAAUAUUUGGCUUACGAAAAAGAGUUGCAUGUCUUGGUUAUCUUAACAGAUAUGUCAGCCUAUGCAGAUUCCUUAAGAGAAGUGUCUGCAGCCAGAGAAGAAGUGCCAGGAAGACGUUCUUUCCCUGGUUAUUUAUAUACAGAUCUUUCAACCAUUUAUGAAAGAGCAGGUAGAGUCUAGGGUAAGAAUGGAUCAAUCACUCAAAUACCCAUUUUGACAAUGCCUAAUGAUGAUAUUACACAUCCUAUUCCAGAUCUUACAGGAUAUAUUACUGAAGGAUAAAUAUUUAUUGAUAGAUAAUUGAAUAACAAAUAAGUUUAUCCACCUAUCAACGUCUUACCAUCCUUAUCAAGAUUGAUGAAAUCUGCUAUUGGUAAGGGUAUGACCAGAGAAGAUCAUCCUGAAGUCUCAAAUCAAUUGUAUGCCAAUUAUGCCAUUGGUAAGGAUACAGCAGCUAUGAAAGCAGUCGUAGGAGAAGAAGCCUUGUCUGCUGAAGAUCUUUUAUAUUUAGAAUUUUUGAAGAAAUUUGAAAAUAACUUCAUCAGUUAAGGAGCCUAUGAGGUUAGAUCAAUUUUCAAAUCCUUGGAUUUAGCUUGGAGAUUGUUAAGAAUCUUUCCUCCUGAAAAAUUAAAGAAAAUUAACAAAAGAAAUCUUGAAACCUAUUAUUACAGAAGAAAGGAAGAUGAGGAAGACUUUGAUGGACCUCAAUAAUAAUAAGAAAAAUGAUUAUGAUGUAUUAUUAUUUAGAUACAUUUCAUAUAAUUUAAGGAAUUAUUUAUUA